CAAUUAUCCAAAAAAAAAAAAAAGGCUUACCAAGAAGGAAAAACAAUAAACUAAACAAACCCCAACCCUUUUCUCUCUAAUUUUCUCCCAUUCCUGGUCAUCAAUUUCUCUUUGAAGCCACUCUUCUGUUGUUGAUAUAACCUUCAACUCAAUCCCCCAGAACAACCUAGAAAAAAAGACCACAACUUUAUCCUUUGAGAAGGGACUUUUGUUUUGAAGGAGGAUGGCAACUGGGGAUCUAGAAAGAGGUAAUGGGAAGAACAAUGGAAAUAGCUACAACCGAUCAUCUUCUACCUACUCUGUGGAGAACAAUGAAAAGCAAUGGACUUCAUGGCUUGUUCCGAUGUUUGUGGUGGCUAAUGUCGCUGUUUUUGUUGUGGUGAUGUAUGUUAAUAAUUGUCCUAAGAACAAUUCGGGAUUGGAAGGCAGCUGUGUGGCUAGGUUCCUUGGCAGGCUUUCUUUUCAGCCUACAAGAGAAAAUCCUCUCUUCGGUCCUUCUUCUAAUACAUUGGAAAAAUUGGGAGCACUGGAGUGGGAGAAGAUAGUGCAUGGAAAUCAAGGAUGGAGGCUUAUCACUUGCAUCUGGCUGCAUGCAGGUGUUAUUCAUCUGCUUGCAAACAUGUUGAGCUUGGUCUUUAUUGGAAUACGCCUUGAACAACAGUUUGGAUUCAUACGCGUCGGGCUUAUCUAUCUGUUGUCUGGUCUUGGUGGGAGCGUGCUAUCGGCUCUUUUCAUUCAGCGUAAUAUUUCUGUUGGUGCCUCUGGUGCUUUAUUUGGCCUACUUGGGGCGAUGUUAUCGGAGCUGCUGACUAACUGGACUAUCUAUACAAAUAAGGCCGCAGCGCUUAUCACACUCGUAGUCAUCAUUGCCAUUAACCUAGCAAUAGGGAUUCUUCCUCAUGUUGACAACUUUGCACAUAUUGGAGGUUUCUUGUCCGGUUUUCUCCUCGGGUUUGUUUUGCUGCUUCGUCCCCAGUUCGGUUGGGUGGGACGUAAGAAUCUUCCUGUCGGUGCUCCAGUCAAAUCCAAGCACAAGGCGUACCAAUAUGUGUUCUGGGUGAUCGGUGUGAUUUUACUCAUUGUUGGUUUCACUGUGGGGUUGGUAAUGCUGUUUAGAGGGGAGAACGGAAACGACCAUUGCAGCUGGUGCCAUUACCUGAGCUGUGUUCCUACAUCCAAAUGGCACUGUGGAAAUUGAUGAUAUAUCAUUACCACUUGCUAUUACUAUUUCUUCAUAUCGCUCACUGAUUCUUCCUCGGUUUCAUUUGUUUACAGUUUAUAUAUAUAUAUAUACAUAUAUGCUUAGUUUUUGACGUUAUUUCUUUCGAUGUUAUUUUAUAUGGUUUGACAUUUUAUACAGGAUGAUCUGAAUAUAUAUAUCUUGAUUGUAUGUA